AUGAGCAAGCCAUGGAAGAAACGCAAGGAGCUGGAUGAACAUCGCUACUGGAACCACCCAGACGAGCAAGAUAAGCAUUUCUUCAAGGUUAUGAUUGGCGACUUCCAUGAGAAAAUGGUCAUACCAGAUAGGUUUGUCCAACAUUUCAGGUGGCAAACAGGACGAACUAUUAAGCUAGCAUCACGCCAUGGUUACACUUUUGAUGUUCAGAUUACCAAGAAUUUGGAGAAACUAGUCCUUGAUUCGGGAUGGAAGGCGUUUGCUCGUGCCCAUGACUUGAGAACGGGGGACUUUCUUGUGUUCAAGUAUGAUGGCCACUCUCAACUGAAGGUUUUGAUCUUUGGGCCGAGCGGUUGCGAGAAAAUUCAGGCAUGCAAUCUCAAGAAAAAUGCUGCUCCUGGUAAAGAAUGGUGGGGAAACACUGCUGGCUUUGUAAACACUUGUCAUGAUCUUCCCAUGAAAUUUCCACAUAGUGGAAGACAAAUUAGGCCAAGCAAGGAUACCUCAAGGCAGGGGAAUGAUAUCAUCAAUGUCAGCUCGUCGAGCUCUGCUUCAGAUUCAGCAGGAGGUAUUUCAUCUUCAGAAGAUGAUCAUUCCCUGCCAGGUUGUAUCCUCGCAAAUGGCACCCUCUUGAAUCUAAAUGAGGUGCAGAAGAAGCAACUUAAAGAAAAACUCAGAGCUAUUAAUUCCGAAAUCCCCAUUUAUGGGUGUGUCAUAAGGAAGAGCAGUAUUUACGGAGCAACCCGUAGCCUUGAUAUAUCAAGAAAAUAUGCUGAAGUAUACCUUCCAUUUAAGGAACAAAUGCUGACCCUUCAGCGCCAUGGCAAGAAGUGGGAAGUGCGUUGUCGUGUUAAGAAGAACAAAAACAAAAGGCUCAUGAGAGGAUGGAAGCAUUUUGCGCGUGGCAACAACUUGACGCUCGGAGAUGCCUGCCUCUUUGAGCUACUAAGAAACAAGAAGAAGUAUGUGAUGAAUGUCCAUAUCAUUCACAAAUCCCUUUACAAGAGGAAAUGCGCAUCUGAAGGAAAGCUGGCCACAUGA